AUGAAUCUAAAUGAACCUUUAUUAGAUUCACAAAUUGAAGGAUUUCCUGGUCUGACAAGCCCUGAAGUCAAAAGAUGUUGUGGGUGUUUUUGUAAAUAUACAUAUAUUCCUAAUAUUAAGGCAACAUUCCUAGGAGAAUGGGAGAUUUCACUUUGCAUGCCUAUGUUUGUAAUUAUCCUAAUGAUAUCAUCAUUUGCCAUGUAUAUAUUGGCGAUGCCUGAUGUAUGGGGAAAGCUAUUUUACUAUAUUGCCUUAGGAAUUUUGUCAUAUUUAUUUUUAAUAUGGAUAACAUCAUAUAUAAUGGUCAUUAAAGUAGGUCCUGGGUACUACCCAUUCUAUGCAGCUACAAAUUCCAAAUAUCCUUACACUCCUGAAAAAGAUUUGAACCAAUUAAUUGAAUCUCCAUUUGAUGGAGUUAUUUCGACAGAAAAGCAAUACAAAUGGGCGCAUGAAGGUGAUAUGCCGCCGCGCUGUAUCCUAUCAAAAUCAGCAAGAAGAAUUGUUAUUAAACCCGACCACUUAUGUGGCUGGACUGCUACAUGGAUUGGCAAGAGAAACUUCAAACCCUUCAUAUUGUUUAAUGUUUACGGUGUUUUAUACACAGCUUUUUAUGCUUUUUCCGGUUGGAAGAAAAUUUACUUGGUUUUCAAGAAUAACCUCAAAAUGGACUUUACAACUAUGAUGUUCCUACUCAUGCUAAUCUUUGCAUCUACAUUCUGCAUGCUUUGCUUAGGCUUUGUCAUUUCUGGCUGUACAUCUGCUUGUCAGAACCGAACUUCGUGGGAAAAAUGGAAUAAUAUUGAUGUAUCUAAGUAUAAUAAAGGUAAGUGCAAUAAUUUGGAAGAUACAUGCGGCGAUAAAAACUGUAAAUUACUUUGGAUUUUCCCUGUUCCGCCAUUUAGAGGAAAAACUAACGGAGAAUUGGUUGCUUCAUAUGAUAGAUAUACAAGACAUAAUAGAGAUGAUGAUUAA